AAAACAUCCCAUUUUGAUUUCACAUCCAAUUGCAUGACCGAUUGCGAUUGUUGUUCAAUAUCCCGGUCUGAUGAGGCCACACUUAGGAACCCUGCCUCGCGCGGCGCGCCUCCGCGUCGUCUCCUCCCCGAUUCAACGGACAGUAUACGGUACUCGUAACUAUAUACGGACGGCUGCGGCCCUACGGAAGACUGCUUUUCAAUCUGGUCUCAGUCAGCCUGCCGUAAGUAUUGCGGUCAGUGUUACCAGCGCCGGGCAAACGAGAUGGAUCACACAACAGCACAUACAGCGGACGAACGAGGCGAAGAAGGAGUGGGCAAGGUUCGCAGAAGAAAUCGAAGCUGGGAAGAGGAAGAGCUUUGUGCAACACCUUGAGGAUAGAGGUCUGCUCCAUGAUGUUGUUGGUGAACGGGAGCUUUUACAUCGAGUAUUUACACAAAAGAGGGCUGGAAUGUAUGCUGGAGUUGAUCCGACAGCUCCUUCUUUGCAUGUUGGCCAUAUGUUACCGUUCAUGGUGUUGGCUUGGGGUUAUGUAUGGGGUUUACCGGUGACAUUUGUGCUUGGUGGCGCCACAUCACGCGUUGGUGACCCAACAGGAAGACUGAAAGGGAGAGAGCAAGUUCAUAGCUCGGUGCGAAAAGCGAACAUGGCCAGCAUGCACAUGCAGCUCAAGAAGCUAGGCGCAAGCAUUGAACAAUACGGCAGGAGGCAUGGAUAUGAGAAGAAGUGGGCAUGGAGACGUUCCUUGGUGAAUAAUAACACAUGGUGGAACAAAGUGCCAUUCAUCGAAGUGCUUCGGGACCUUGGGGCUCACAUGCGUCUCGGCCCUAUGCUGGGUAGAGAGACUGUCAAAAACAGGUUGUCCAAAGGCGAUGGGAUGUCGUUCUCAGAGUUCAGCUAUCCACUGAUGCAGGCAUGGGACUGGUGGGUCCUUUUCAAGAAAGGAGUUCAGGUCCAAGUUGGAGGUACUGAUCAGUACGGAAACAUUCUCUUUGGCAUGGAUGCCGUGAAGUCCAUCAGCAAGAAUACAGUCAUGCAGGAGGAACAGGAUUCUCUAGAUAAUGAUCUAGACAAACCUAUUGGGCUUACAACGCCACUACUGACGGCACCAAAUGGUGAAAAGUUCGGCAAGUCCGCCGGCAACGCUGUUUGGCUUGACAAGGAUAUGACCUCUACUUUUGAGCUAUACCAGUUCUUUGUUCGGACUCCGGAUGAUGUUGUUGAACGCUAUCUUAAGAUGUUCACCUUCCUACCCCUGCCUGAAAUUGCUACGAUUAUGGAAGAGCAAAAUAAGGACCCAUCCAAGCGUAUUGCGCAGCAUGCGCUUGCUGCGGAAUUUGUAGAACUCGUCCACGGCAAGCAAGAGGCGGAUGCGGUUGCUCUCCAACAUCGCCAAUUGUUCCGCUCACGCUCGUCGACGGGUGAACCGACUCCCUUGCAGAAAAACUCUAGUCCACCUGCCCAGACACUGACAUCAGGCUUCGUGAAUCCUCAGUCUGGUAACAAGUUUGCGCCUCAAACUAAUUUCACAAACAUGCCGAGCAUCCAGGUCACUCUUCCCGAGUCUCUAGUCUACAACCAGAAUUUCCACAAGAUCCUGUGGCACGCAGGCUUGGUCUCUUCUAAGAGUGAAGGCCAUCGAAUCGUUUCAAACAAAGGAGCCUAUGUUGGGAGUCGUCCGGGCGAUAGUGGCGCAAUGUCGGACGAACUCUCCUUUACACCAAUUAUGACAUGGCCGUCGGAGAAGACGAAAGAUUUCAUUGUCGAUGGCAAUAUCCUAUUCCUCAAAUUGGGCAAGUGGAAGUUCAAGACGGUGACAAUUGUCAGCGACGAGGAAUUCAAACGGCGCGGACUCAGCGCCCCUGGUUGGGAAUCAGGUGAGAGUGCUCCUCAACCCGCUACGGAUAAUUGAAAAGAGACUCCUGUCCCUUGACUAUAUGAUCAAGGAAAGGAAAUAAAACUCGGAGCAAGCCUGAUAUUUAUUUGCUUGUUUUGUACCUCCCACUCAUGUAUUAUAUAGACUUGUAUAUACGCUGUACGAUGUAUAGUACCUUGAUGGCAAUGCUAUUUUAAGAACCCUACUCUGUCGAA